ACACACAGCCAAGAGAAAAAAAAAUAAUGUAAACUGCGACUGCGACUCCCUCGGUCAGAACUCGACUCAACAUCCUCCUCGCACGACCACCCCCCGCCUCCCUCGGAAACUCAAUCUCCCGCUGCCGCAUUUUCUCACCUACCCUCCUCCGAUCUUACCACCUAUUCACUACACCUCGCCUUGCCGUCCUCCAUCCAUCAUACUGUUUCCCUCCCUCCCCAAGGCUCCAGGAACCUCAAUACGCAUCGCGGAUCCAGGAAAUUCACGAACCGUUAACUACCUACGAACCGGCGUUGCCCAAUAUCCAUACACCCCCUUCGACAUUGGCUUCGGCGGUUGUCUCGCCCCCUUAUCCCGCCUAGAUCGGCCGGGACAUCUACCUUAACCAAUGAGUGGCGAUCACCCGUUGGAAAGCCUGGCGCAUCAACACCACCACCACCAACAGCAGCAACAACAUCAGCAACAACAGCAACACCAGCAGCAACACCAGCAGCAGCAACAACAUCAACAAUUCCCCCAGAUCGACCCAAGAAUCCAUUUCACCCCCUUACAGGCCCGAGGAGAAUCCCCAUCACUACGGUUAGGUGAUGGUGGAGGUGGAGGUGGUGGUGGUGACGGAGGUGGUGGUGGUGGAGAUGGAGGUGGUGGCGGCAUGAAUGAUGUUCGAGCCGGCUCAGCCCUGAAGAGGAGCCAAUCCCCGGCCAAUGCGGACGCCCUGAUACUGCUGCCGGGGGUGGCACAGACGCGCAAGCCGGUUGGCUCUCGGAGGCCGUUCCAGCGGCGACGGAGGAGUAGAGCCUGUGAUGCUUGCAGAGCUCGGAAGACCAAGUGUGAUACGCCCGACGAAGGUCCUUGCUCGGCUUGCACGCUGGCCAGUCUGGUUUGCAAAUUCUCGGAAGGGGGUGAAGAUCGGAGACGAGCUGGGCCUGCGAGGCGAAUACGGACGCUAGAAGCUCAAGUCCAGGAUCUUACAAAGAAACUCCAAGAUGCGGAAGCUAUGCUCGGCGGUUCGGGUGCAACACUUUCACAUAUAGCACUCCAGAGGCCAUUAGAGAAGCGUUCGCCGUCGUCGAGUCCCCAGUUCAGCUCUUCGUCGGUAGCAGGCUCCACCGCAGGCAAUGGACUGCAUCCAGACCCCAAUUCUGAACAUAUGCACAACGAAUGGUGGAGGCAAUCCAGUGAUUCGGGCGUUCCGGCUACAGCCGACCGCUAUCGUGGAGGAAUGCAAUUUAAUUCACAAGGUCGGAAUCCUCUUCCGAUCAACAACCCCCACGAGGGGGAAGUGAUGCCACGUUCGUCUCGGGGCGUGUUCGAUUCCAAUCCGCAGUUCAUCUCAUCAUACAAGACAUAUCUGCGAGACCUCGGUUAUCCUAAUACCGACUAUGCCUCACCACAAUCUCAUGGCUCCCAGUCUGCACCGCGGGUACCGUUGCUGUCUGAGUAUCCAUCGAUUGCGAGUGCCACACUACCGCUGGACCUCCGUGUAUUGAUGCCGCCGAAACCCAUCGCUGACCGGCUAUGUGAGGUAUUCCGCCGGACCAUCCAGAACUAUACCCCGCUCUUCGUCUGGCCUUUGUUUCGGGAGGAGAAGUAUGAGCGUGCAUACACGGAGCCAAUGUGGGAGGAAGACAGCGGCAUCGUGAAGGGUAUCUUUUGUAUUGUACAGAUGAUGCUUGCGGUGGCGAGCCAGAUGGCAGAAGACACGGAGGAGCUUAUGGAGGUGUCGGGACGGGGGGAUACACAGGAACGAACCGGCUGGAAGUUCUUUCAUUUGGCGAGAAAGUAUGCGGACCUGAACAGUCCUACCUAUACGGCAGAUGACGCAAUGUUUCUUCUGUUGAUGUCGAUGUAUUUGGACAAUGCAUCCCUCCCUUCGCCUUGCUGGAUGAUAACUGGAUCGAUGGCACGGGUAUGCCAAGACGUUGUGCUGGAUCGGAUCCCCCAGCCAAAUAAUCUGUAUACAGAGCAGCAACUCGAGUCCCGCCGACGCCUGUUCUGGGCCGCAUACAUCCAGGAACGGAAAGCCUGCCUCAAGAAGUCCCGGGGCAUGGUUCUCCACGACUCUGAUAUCGAAAUCCCUCUCCCUAAAGCUCUGGAUGAUGAAGACAAGAUUGCUUCGUGCACGGUCGACCCGGACGAUAAAGAGACCUUCUGCUCCUCUCACAAUAUGGAGGAUUCCCUGCAGGUGAUGAUUGCACAGAUUCACGUCAGCAAUCUCUGCAGCACGCUCAUCAAUCUUACUCUCCACGACAACGGCGAAAUGCGCGAUCAGCACCGGGUGCAGGAUUUGGAUGAGAAGCUCAAGAGGGCCUGGGAGCGUUUUCCUCCGCACAUGACCAAUCUUCAGAAUUUUGCGCCGCUCGAGAUUGGAGCCCUACGACCCCUCUUCUUCCUCCAAUACUGUCGUCUCCUCCUGUAUCGAUACUUCACCGAGCCAGAGCUGAACCCAGACUUCCGAAGCUUCUGUCUAGCGCAAUCCCUGCAGGUAUCGAAGAUCACAUCACAUCUGCUCUUCCGAGCCACGCGGCAUGAAGGAUUCGACAAGUAUUUCGGUCUUCGUACCGAGGAACUGGUGUAUCUGCAGACAUUCCGGGCAGCGGUGAUCCUACUGUUGGGACACUGCUCGCAUGAACCCUCACUACGCUGCGUUUUGCGGGACGAGGUCGAAGUCUGCAAGCGGGCCCUUCGAUCCAUCGCUACAUGUCACACCCUUGGCCGAAAAUUGCUAGACGUAUUCGAGGGCUUCGCGAGGACAUUCGGAUACGAGAGUAAUCCGAUGCAGCUCCCGCCACCUCAGCCUGGAGCCCUUCCUCCUCCACAUUCCGAAAAUACGCCUCCUGCUCCUCCGCCGGUGGUGAUCAAGCAGGAGAACUCACAACUCACGCCCACCUCCGUGCCGCAACAGCAGCAGCAGCUGGAUUUCCCGCAAUGGGAAUUUCAGGCGCCCAGCUACUCUCACGCAGCGAACACGCCCACCACCACGGCCCCACGGACAGGAGCGGGGGGACAGCAACAGAAUAUCUUUGGGACACAGUACGCGCCAGCUGAAUGGGCGGAUCCGACAAGUUCUUCGAUCCACGCGUCGGCCAGCGACUUCCGUUUCCCGAGCUUUGGCGAGCUAGGAGGACAUGACAUACCGCCGCUAGGGGCCGGGCCCAGGGAACGUACCGAGAGCAUUGGGGAUCUCAGGGUUGAUUGGGAUGCGAUGCAGCAGGCUCUGCACUUUGGGGAUGCAACGACUACUACUACUGGCGGCGGCAGUGCGAGCGGUAGUGGUGGCGGCUCGGGUGCUGGAAGUGGAGUUGCUGGUGCUGCUGGUGCUGGAGCGGGUGCAGGUGCUGGUGCUGCUGGUCCCCCUGGCGCUGGUGGCGGCGCCACCACUGCGACAGAGGGGUUUUGGAAUGUUUAG